CCAGCGUCCAUCUACAGAGCUUUCAGACCACAGUGAAGAUCACGUUUCAUUUGGCUGUUUGCACCACAUCUGGAAAAUGGCAGAUCAAGAUCCACAGAAUCCUCAGCGUCAGGUUACAUUUAUUGAUAGAUAUAAUUCCCGUGGAAUAAAGGAGAUCUCUGUUCGUGGGAUGCACCUCAGUAUACCAGAGUUGACAGAGCAAAUGGAAAAGGCAGCAAAAAAGAAAGAACUGAAACCUAAACCAAAGAUGUUGGAUUAUUUAAUUAAAGCCCAGUCUAACCUAAUACCAAAUUACCCAAACCCAGUUGAAUUUGUGGUUUCAGAUUUAACCCAUGUCACUGAAAAGAGUGGAUUCGAAGGAAUAUUAAAGUCAGAGCAGUUUAGGUCACCUGUAGAUGAUUUCUCUUGGUGGAGCUUAUACAUCAACGAAGAGGAGAUAAAAUCAGCGGAGAAACGGUACUUGGAGAAGAACGCCCCAAGUAGGGCACAACAGCCAGAUAAUCCAGAACCGUUCUUGGAGAAGUUUACCACAUCACCCCUGUUCAAGGCACCUCGCUAUGGAAAUUAUCGCUUCAAAUUUCCUCUUGCUGAACUGAUUGAACAAUACAAAGAACAGAACUGUGAGGGGAUGGAACCAGUUUUUCGUGUGUUUAAGACUGUCACCUACAAACAGGAGAUUAUGUAUGUUGUUCUGGUUCACAGUCCUGAGGAGAAUGAGGUUUUUGAAAAUGUCCCACUUCUUGAAGAAAGCGAGUGGGUUAGUUAUAAAGAUGGUCAGAUUAUCUGGAAAGCACAAGCCAUUUGUGAAACCCACUGUUACAGCCUUUCACCAGAACUAGAAGCAGAACAAGUGGCUAGGGGAUCAGAACAGUAUUAUGUUUGGGAUCACGCUUGUCUGGCCUUUUACAUACCAAGAAAAACAUCCAGGGCUCUGAAAUUCCCCAGAAAAAGGCUUAUAGAAGUGCUCGAAGCCUGCAGACUUGAUGAUAUAGAUAUUUCACGAAAUAAAUCAGGAGCAGAUAAAGAAUUCUUGUACCAAGAAGCAGUAAGGAGAGUGAGUGAAUUAAAGAAGGAGUUAAAAGAUUAAGGAUUUAUGAUUUUAAGGUGAUGGUUUCCUUUAUUACAAGGCAGGUACAGGUUACACAUAUAGGUCAAACACAGUAAUUUUACAUCAUUUUGUUGAAGGUUUUGUUUGCUGGUACACAGGCACAUGUAAAAAAUGUGUUGUGGAAUGGGAGGAGAUGGUCUAAGCAUAACUUAGUAUAUGGACACCUGACAAUGAGCUUGUUAAACAUUCAGUUUCAAAACCAUAGUUAGUAUGGUUUUUCACUUGCCAAAAGAUUCAUUCCACAGCCUAAAAUUUGCCAGGAAAAGGCUCAUCGAAGCUCUUGAGGCAUACAAAAAGGAUGUUAUUAAUAUUUCAAAGGGUAACAGGAGGAAAGCAACAAUCCAAAAAUAAUGACGAAGACAAAGAGUUGCUUUUUAAAUAAGUUCAUGAUAAGAAUACAUUUUAAACAAUACAACAAUAUAAUAUAAUAUAUAAUAUAAUAUAAAUAAACAAUACUAAUUUUCUACACUAUAGUCAUAUUUUAUACCGUUUUUUUGUUUUAUGUCCAUGUUUAAUCUUAUUUUUUGUUACAAAUAGUUAAAUGUGUGUCCUAUCUUAUUA